AAUGGCAGGCACUGAUCCUGAAUGCUUGCGCUGAAUGCACAUCAUGGCAGGCACUGAUCCUGAAUGCUCGCGCUGAAUGCACAUCAUGGCCAUCGCGAUAACAUCGCAGGGUCUUUGUUGAGAGCUGAAAAUAAUUCCUGGUAAGGAAGGUGAUCAGGUGGGCCGGGAAGCCGGUGCGAGAAAUUUCCGGCCUUCGGGAAUCGGCGUCGAUUCCUUUUCCAGCGUUGAUUUUCUAUCCCUCAAGGAGCAACACGUUGGACAUCAUUGGUGAGAGACGCGUAGAAUAUAAAGGAAAGGAACUUAGCAGCUAGCAAGACUCUAGUGUGCAGUCGCAAUUUGUAGAGUAGUAUCCAGUUGGCAACUUGGUGUGUCGGUAAGCACUAGCCGAUGUUCGGCAGCAAGGGAAGCAGAUUCUCAGUUUGGCUAACGAUCCGCUUGAUCUGGAACACAACGAUCAAGCGCAGCCAUUCAUUCAAAGUUCGACUUGUGCUGUAAACAGCGAGCUGUACUCAACACAGAGCACUCCUCGCGGGCCCAACACAAGUGCUUGUGCUAGCUGAUGCGGGUGUCGGCGUGCGAAGUCGUCCAGUAUCCUGUUGGAACAGGCUGUGGGACGUGAUCGCUACUGUAAUCAGCCACGCACACACACACACACACACACACACACACACACACACACACACACACACACACACACACACACACACACACACACACACACACACACACACACACACACACACACACACACACGCACACACACACACGCACACACACGCACACACACACACCCAUUUGUGAUUAUAUAAUGCGCUGGAUGGUGUACAGUCGUGCAACAAGCCGUCACAUCAUCCACUGGUCGUUACUGUAGUGGCCUCUCCUGCAUCCUUACCACACUAGCAACAACAUCAGCAGGAACAUCAGCAACAGCAGUAGCAGCGGCAGCAACAGGAGCCGAAGCAGUGGAAGCAGUAUGUGUCUGAAUGGCUCGGCAAUCCUGCACAGCGCCGCCACGAGCGCAAAGCUGUACGAGCGGUGGCCCGGCUCUCGCGUCGUGUCGGUGAUCGUGGCCGUGCUCUCCAUGCUCGCCAGUGUGUUCAUCAUCGCGUCGUUCGUAAUGUCGCAGGACCUGCGCCGCGCCACCUCCCGGCGCAUCGUCGUCUUCAUCAGCAUCGCCGACUUUGUCAGCUGCCUGAGCAACACGGUCGGGGCGCUGCAUCACUUUGACAGUGGGACCGGAUGCUCGGUGCAGGCGAUAUUCACCACUGUGUCCACUCUCUCGUUCAUGUUCUGGACAACUACCCUGGCUGUUUACCUUUACAUGAGCAUUGUCUUGGACAGGGUGCAGCUCGCUAAGAAGCUCAUGCCCUUGUUUCAUUUCGUCGGUUGGGUGUUGCCGCUGAUUAUCGGUAUGAUUGCGUAUUCCCUUGGUGGUCUUGGAGAUUCAUUGACGCUUGCAACCGACGGCUGGUGCUGGGUGUCCGUGGAGCCGCGUUACCCGGCCAGCUGGAGAUGCAAACAUGCAAUGAUAUUGUGGAUGCUGUUCACUAUGAAGGGAUGGGAGCUGGCAAGCUACAUCAUUGUGCCCGCGCUGUAUAUACUCAUCAAGGUGCACAUACGUCGCAACAUGACGAGAGAAGUCGAUGAGCCCGUGAGUCAAGGCAUGAAGGCAGCGUUGGCCACCAUUGACCGCAAGUUGAUUAUUGUGCCGCUGGCGUACGUUAUCCUCCGAGUCUGGGGUACCGUUCGAACGUUCAACUUCAUCUUCAAUCGCUACGGCGAUGGUCAGGAGAUUCCGCCAACCAGCCGCGGUCUAGGCGUGCUUAACUACCUGCAGGCACUUGGUGACAACGGGCAGGGUCUGGUCAACUUCCUGCUCUUCGUCGUCUUCACCAGGAAAGUGCGCGUCACGAUCGGCGACUGGCUACGGUGCUGCACCUGCGCGUGCUGCGUGAUGAUACAGAAACGAGUGACUCGUAGUCAUACGACUCGUACGACAAAUACUACCCGUACACAAAGCACCAGUGGGUCGUUGAAGAUCAGCAGCGGGAGAGUGGCCAUGCUGGCUCCGAGCGAGCGCACUCGCUUGCUGCGGUCGCAGGGCGUGGAGCCGAGCCCGACGCUGAUCCAGUCUGUCGACGAUGAGCCGAAUGCCGUGGUCACGAUGUCCGUGAACGACGGCAAUUCACGAGUGCCCGGUGUGGUAUAGGUGUAAAUUAUGGAGGUGACCAGCCAUUUGUGCUGGAGUUGACAGAGUCCCUCAGCCCGUCGACGAGCCGAGUGCCGUAGCUACGAGGUCCGUAAAAGCCGGUCAUUCACGAGUCCCAGUUGUGGUAUAUGUGUAUACUAUGAUGAUGAUGCGGCGGUUGUGAUGGAGUUGGCCUAAUCCAACACAUAAGAUGCGUAGCUCUCCUGGCUGUUACACGUGCUGUUGGGACUAGUAUCAUUGGUACUGUGGACAUGGGUGCACGCAUGUAGGCAUGCGGGCACACACCUCUCUACCCCCCCCCCCCCCUCGUGCACACACGCGUGCACAACUGUGUUAUCUGCAAGUCUGUGUACACUGCCGUGAUGGACAGCACGAUAUCUUGCGUGAAGCUACAUGUAUGUAGAAUGUCAAGACGUGUUCUCUUACUCACAAACCCGAGGUUAUCCACUAACCAAGGUUUCACUGCUUGAUGGUUGGUCAUUUUCCUAUGCACGCUGGUAUCUUAUAACCAAGCGUAUACCGGUCUCUUGAUUCCUAUAAUUAUCAUAUCUUGAUUCUUGAUUUGAAGACGUGACGCAGCUCUGUAAUACUGUCUCGGCGUUUGAACAGUAAGAUUUUUACGCGGUGGUGUUGUGGAUUCUUUAUGUUCGUUGUAGUAAUGCUACCUUUAAGAUGUGUCGUAUGUGUCACCUGCCAGCUCAUGUAGAAAUGUUCCCUUCAAUGUGGGCAGUACAUACACUUUGUUGUCGUGCUGUCGUGCCAGAGUUGAGCCGCUCAUCGAGUCUGUAUCCGAGACUCGGCAGGCUGUGUUUGUCACGUGACUGGACGUUGCUAUGCGCUCAUGAUCCGUUGUUGUCCUGCCACAACAUUGGUGCAUCGCAUGCCCUCUCAUGUGACUGUGUGAUCUGAUGUCUUGCUCCUGCACACGAUACUAAUCAUGCUCUACUCACCUCAGUCCUUUCAGCUGUACGUACAGAACACAGAAUAUUUAUCUCACCAAAAGGACCUCCUGGUUUCAUAUUAUAGGUAUACUGAGAAUAUUAUGUUUUAUUAGAAGUUCCGGACGUGCAGUUAUAUAAUUAUUUGCCUACCAUCCGGUCUGCUGCUGGUGCUGUUUUCUGUCCUUAUCUCUUUAACUGUUGGUAUUCUCAGUCAAUUGGAAAACCUGGGUGGCAAAUCGA